GCCUUGGACGUAUGUCUGCUUUCACCAAAUAAAAGGAGCAGUAAGGGAAGUCAGGUUCGGAGUCGGCUGAGUUCGGGCUUACAACUCCCUUCCCAGCAAGUAAAAGACAAAAGCGCUGUGGUCUUGCUUUGUUCACAAGGAUCGGUCUCUGAGAGAGCGAGGUCUGUGAGUUUAGACCCAACACAAAUCAUAUUCUGGAGCUUUAUAACUAAGGGUCAGUUCAGCAGAGGACCCACACACUCUUCACUCAGCCUGAUGGACGUCCUUUGGAUGAUUGUCCUCACUGUUGGUCUGCUUGGCUCACAUUGUGAGGGCGCUAUAUCCUGUAAAAAUGAAAACGGAGAUAAUGUAGACUGGUUUAUUUUGUACAAGAAGCCUGCUGGGUUUGAUUAUGUUUACAUUGAUUCAACCGACCAGAACCUUACAAAGACUAAAAAGGACAAGCCUGUCAACCACCAAGCUGGUGUCCUGGCACAUACCCUGAAUCCCUACUUUGAAAAAAAUAAGCAGUCGCCACAUUUUGGAUUCAUUGCAUACAAUGAUCAAACACCAAGUUGUAACGCACUACAAGAAUAUGGCCACAGCAAAGGAGUUGUGAUGAUAGAUAAGGAAAAUGUAGUCUGGCUUUUACACAGCACACCAAAAUUCCCCGCAGGAGAUGCAAGCAAUAAUUUCUAUCCUGACAAUGGGAAAAGGAACGCACAGAUAUUUAUGUGUGUAACACUGAAAUCUACAGAGUCUGCACAAAUAGCUCAGCAUCUUAAAGGUAUCAAUGCUCAUAUAUUUAAAGAGCACAAUCCUGAAAAACUCAAAGAUUCUUCCAACGUACAACGAACGCUGCCAUAUGACAAGGACUUGUCAUCAGCUGGUGGUCAGCAGUUUAAACGCUUUGUUAAACAAGUCUCAAAGAAAAGGGAUCCUAAAGAAGGAGAUCUUUAUGUCACCAUUGCUGACACACUACAGAGUGAUUUAUACAUCCAGACCUGGCGCAGCGAACCUACAGAUCCUAAAAAACGUCCACUUUCUGAAACUGAAAAAAAAAAACUAGUCACCAUCACGUCAGUAAAAACUGCUGCAGCUUAUCACACAUUUGAUUUCCAUGUGUGACGACUGCAAAUGUCCAGAGUGAGGACAGACUGAGGGACCCACUGCUGCACAUCAUCUGUGAGGCUUUGCACCCCUGAUGAUCCACCAGGACAAACUCAGCAGUGUGUGAGGAAGAGGAGGAGGAAGAGCCAGCAGCAGCUGACAGAUGGAGAGAAUAGACAGACUUCCCUGUUUGUGAAGGACUGCUAGAAAAGUUUAACAUAACUAAUUGUCUGUCCUGAAUCAGUCUUAUUAGGUAAUGUUCAAAUAAUGUUAUCAUUCCAGUGUUUUCAGUGUGGGAGAAAGUACUCAGGGCCUUCAAGUUACACACUAUGAAAGGCAGCAACAAGUUUAAUAUUCAGAAACCUAAAGUAUGUAUCAGCAGCAGA